AACAAGAUAUUAUGGGGAUUUCCAAGAAUUUCGCAAGAUUAAAGUGUAUGGAGUACAAAUUUAUAGUAAGUAUUAUGAGCUGGACAAAGUUCUUAUCGUUACCUUUCUCCGGAGUUUAUUAUUUCAAGCAAGAAUUUAUGUUCGAUUGUCCAACAAUUACCUUACUUACCUCUAAAGCAUUACCGAAAUUCUUAGACAACUUAUGGAGAAUACGAGAAAUUAUUUCUUCAAGUGCUGAAAGUAUCACUUCGUAUAUCGAAAAUAUGAGAGAAUCAGACGACGAUAGUAACGAUACUGAUCCGGUAACAAUCUCGCCGAAAAAACAAAGACGACAAAAGUAG